AUGAAGACUACUGCAACUCUCUUGUGCCUAUCCGCUCUUUCGAGCAUGGCCACCGCCGCCACGGAAUUCUCCAUCAACGUGUACGAAGGUCCCACGGAGUGCGAUGACGAGAACAAAGUCAAGGUCGGCGAUAGUUUGAGCAUGCAUUACACCGGAACCAUUGACGAAUCCUCGGAAACUGGUGAAAAGGGAAUGCAAUUUGAUUCUUCUCGGGAUCGUGGCAACACGUUUGACUUCAAGAUUGGACAAGGAAUGGUCAUUAAAGGUUGGGACGAAGGUUUGAUUGGUGUCUGCAAGGGUGCCAAGGCUACUUUGGUCAUUCCCCCCGACAUGGGGUACGGUGCCCAAGGAGCUGGUGAUGCCAUUCCUGGAGGCGCCACCUUGAAUUUCGACGUCGAAGUCGUGGAGAUUAGCGACAAGGACCCCGAACAACCCAAUUUGUUUGAAAUGUUGGACGAAGAUGGAGAUGGAAAGCUAUCCAAACCAGAAAUUGAAGCCUUUUUUGUGAACCAAGGUGGAACAAUGCCAGAUGGAUUGUGGGAGGAUGAAGAUAAGGAUAAGGAUGGCUUUGUCAGUUGGGAGGAGUUUACUGGUCCCAAGGGAGCCUCGCCACCAGCUCACGAUGAACUAUAG